AAGCACACUGGGAGUAUGACUUCUUUAUACUGGAGAGAAUCAAUUAAUAUAUUUGACUUGUUAUGAUUUUUUUGGCUUUUCGGCCAAAGUAUUUUAUUGCACAUGAUUAAUUGAUUGUUUAUUAAAACAGAAAAAAAAUAUAUGUUCUCCAUAUUUUCUUCAUCCCUCUCUCUAAAUGGGUGAGUCUAAAUGAGAUCAAAUCCCUUCUCGCCAUUAUCAAAUUUGUUCCAAAGACUCUAUCCAAGAUUGGGUCUUUCGCUUUAAUUUCAUAAUAUUAUCCAAGAUGCUCUGAACUACCAGCAGAUGCCUUUCUAAUUUUCGGCUUCAUCGGCUAUUGGGUUUUUUUGAUUGCGUUUCUUAUCGUAGUUAUACCAGUACACACGCCAGAGGUAAAAGCAAAUCUUAUUCAUUCGAUAAUAUUGAUGAUGCUUUGGCUUCUUUCCAUUUGAUGCUUCGUAGUAAUCCUUCACCGCCUGUUUUGGAAUUUAAUAAAUUAUUAUCUGCACUUGUUCGAAUGAAACAUUAUGCGACUGUGAUUUUUCUUUACAAGCAGGUGGAAUUGUAUAGAAUUUCUCUCGAUGUUUAUUCUAUUAGUAUUUUGACUAAUUGCUUUUGCCAUCUGAACCGCGUGGAUUUUGGAUUCUCUCUUAUUGGGAAAAUCUUCAAACUUGGCUUUCAGCCUCACAUUAUAACGCUUACUACGUUAAUCCAUGGGCUUUGUAGAGAGGAUAAAUUUGAUGAAGCUGUGGAAUUAUUUGAUGAAAUCGUUGCAAAAGGGUAUAAACAUGAUAUUUAUACCUAUACUGUCAUUGUGAACGGUCUGUGUAAAAUUGGGAAAACCAAUGUGGCCUUUGGUAUUCUGAGAAGAAUGCUCGAGGAAGGUUGUGAACCUAAUGUGGUGUCAUAUAAUGCUAUCAUUGACAGCCUUUGUAAGGAUAGAUUGGUGACUGAGGCAUUAGAGCUCUUCUUGAAAAUGAAGAUUGAAGGCAUCUCUCCGAGCAUUGUGACCUACAACUCUUUAAUCCAUGGUCUGUGUAUAUCAAGUCGAUUGAAGGAAGCUUUUUUGCUGCUUAACAAAAUGUUGAAAGCCAACAUCACGCCAGAUCUAAUUACCUUCAAUAUAUUGGUUGAUGGUCUUUGUAAGUGUGGAAGCGUUUCAAAGGCUUGUGGUAUAGUCAAAUUGAUGAUGCAAAGAGGAAUAAAGCCUAAUGUUGUCACUUACAGCUCUUUAAUCUAUGGUCUGUGCAAUUCAGGCCGAUGGGAAGAAGCUUCUAUGCAGCUCAAUGAAAUGUUGGAAGCGAACAUCGUACCAAAUUUAAUUACCUUCAACAUAUUGGUUGAUGGACUUUCUAGAGAAAUUUUUGACAUGAUGCUAAGCAAGGGUUAUAUGCCUGAUGUUGUUACCUACAGUAUCUUGAUUGACUGUUACUGUAGGAGAAAAAGGAUAGAUGAGGCGAUGAGGCUUUUUGAUGAAAUGCCUAGGAAAGGCUUGAUUCCAGACCAUUUCACAUAUAAUUCUCUUAUAGGUGGCUUGUGUAAAGCAAAGAGCCCUCAUGCUGCAUAUAAGUUUUUCAAGAACUUGUGUGCUAGUGGCCAUUCUCCAGAUGUGGUAACUUACAACAUUUUGAUAGAUGGCUUCUGUAAGCAUAGGUGUCUAGAUGUGGCAUUGUCCCUAUUUCAUGAAAUGCAGAAAAACUCAUUGAAGCCUGAUAUUAUUGUCUAUAAUAUCCUAAUUGAUGGUAUGUUCAAAGCUGGAAAAGUUAAAGAAGCAAAGGAAUUGUUUUCUAGAUUUUCCAUAGAAGGGUUGCGGCCUGAUAUUUACACAUACAAUAUAAUGAUCAAUGGACUUUGUAAAGAAGGAUUGCUAGAUAAAGCAUUCAAGGUGUUCAGGAAAAUGGAAGGGAAUAGUUGCUCACCAAAUAGUUGCUCGCCAAAUAGUUGCUCUUAUAACGUGAUUAUCCAAGGAUGUCUCCGGUGCAAUGACUCGUCCAUGGCAAACCAACUUAUUGAUGAAAUGGUUGGCAAGCGGUUCUCCGCCGAUGCCACCACCAUGCAGUUGGUAAUGAAUUUAGCUUCGAACAAGCCUGAUGAUCCUCUUGUGAAAAAGUUGCUAAGCUGCUCUAAACAUUCUCAAGGUGCAAACUUGAAGUGAGAUUUUAGGAUAGAACAACUGUUAUACUGUUGCAGGAGGUUUUUGUCAUAUGUCCAGUUAUGCCACUGCAAUUUGUCUCGAAAACAUGUUCUAUUUUCUGCAAUUCAAUCUUUAAACGAUGAUUCAAUUCAGUAUUUUCUGCAAUUCAAUAUUUGUAUCAGACUCCUGCAUAUUGCCUUAGCAAUAGUAUCUAUUUACAAUUGCUUCAUUGGAUACA